AUGUUUAAUGCAGCCAAGGAGGAUCCAGUCACCUACCUCAACAAAAGUCAAGUAUAUUCUCUCAUCAUCAAAGAUAUCUAUCCACCCCCGGUGGGGUCUGGCCCGGUCAGAUACCGCACAUACGUUCGCGUAUCAUUCGACGAUAAAGAGCAACGAUCAAGGCCUGCCGCGUACUGGCAAUUAUGGAAUGACGGUCGAGCCACGUGCGAGGCGCCUCGUCAUGGCGGCAAGCUACACGCACUCGUCUGGAAACCGCGUCCUUUGAUGGAUUCUGCGUCACUUGGUCCGGAUAUCCAGACACCCGAAUACCCCGAGUGUGUGCUCGGCGUACGAUUCAAUUUCCUCUCGACCGAUUUCAGUCACUCGAAAGGGGUGAAAGGGGCAUCGGUUCGACUAUGUGUAAAGACGGAAAUGAUGCAACCGGAUGACGGCACUUUCGAGCAUCAGCCGGAGAUAUGUUUCUGCAAAGUGAAAUUAUUCCGGGACCAUGGCGCUGAGCGUAAACUUGCCAAUGAUGCGGCGCAUGUCAACAAGACCAUCGAGAAGCUCAAAAAGCAAGUAUUUGAAGCGGGAGCAAGCGAUGGAUCGAAUUCCGAGAAAACAAAACACUUUCCCAUGAAGAUUGCGAAACGCUACCGGAAGUCACGACGCGGAUCUUCCGAAAAACAGAUCACAGGAGGUCUGCAGGCCGAAAUAGAUGCGCUUCAGCGCAUGUUUUUCUUCGGUGCGGCGUUCCCAAUGAUGAACAUUCCCCGAAGACUGUGGCAGCAGUGGCCGGUCGUCUUCAAAGAAAUGAUAGCAUGGCUUCAGCACUUGCGGAAGGCAAUCUACCCUGCAGUCGCAAGGAUCAUGAAAGCCGUCGAUAUCGACGCGGGUUACAGUCCACCAGAGAAUGCGCCCAGGUCAGUUGCCUGCUUUUACGUCCGGUUUACCAGAAAUGGAAACGAUGUAUCAGACUACUACCAUGCACUCUAUCUCACGGAGCGCACGGUUCGGGAUUUGUUGGACAAGAUUUCAAUGAAGCAACAGAUUGACCCAUUACGUGUUGUCCGCGUGUUACACAUGAAACAAAACGGGCUGAGGAUUAUUGUGGACGAUGAAGUUGUGCGCGAGUUCCCUGAGGGACAGGACAUGAUAGUUGAACUAUCCGAGGUGUCGAGCGAUGAAUCAGAUGGAGGCGUGGAACUCACCGGCACAGAAGUCAAAUUAAUCUUCUAA